AUGACCUGUAGACAUAGGGCAAACAAUUACUUUUUCGAGAGACCACCAGUUUUGGAAUAUGUUUCAAAUAAUUCAAACAAUCUCAAUUGCGUUGAUUGUUUGAAUUCUGUAAUUUGUAACAAAUCUCUUGAAAUAGAUGUUCGUGAUGCAUAUAUCAGCAAAUUCUUAAAAUAUUUCGAGAGUUCAAAAGUCCAUAAUGAGCCGGUGGUUUGCAGACCGAGUAUACUGGAAAAAUUAGUGAAGAAUAUAUUGGUUAUUCUACCAAUGGGCAUGUCUUCUUUUGCUCAUGGGAUAUUGUCAGUUUUGAAGUGUAUUUUCUGUACUGCCAGUGAAUCAAUGAGAGAGAAUGUCAUGACAAAUCUUUAUUACCAGUGCUUAGAAAGUAUAGGCCCACGAGCAGAAAUUAUAGCUUCUAGUUUUCUGCCUUAUGGAAUUUGUCAAAUCAUUACAAUUAUGAAUUCACCCCAGCAAUAUAGACCCAGUGUUAUUUUUAGAAGUAUAAGCUUAUUAAACACCUUUAUUGUGCAGUAUGGGAGACAAACCAGUGAUGUACCAGUUGAAGAGCUGAAAAAGUUCCUGAAGUCUGUUGGAAAUGUUUUAUAUAAAAAAUGUCAUGAUUCAAAGCACAGUGUACUGAAAUCAGCCAGCGAAAAUGACGAACAUGCUGAACUAGACAAAGAAGUUAUAGGAUAUUCUCCACUAUGUUCAAUACUGGCUGUUACGUCGAGUUUACUGCACAGUAUGCAUAGCUACUUAUACUCUGGGAGGAACAUACACUUAAAACAACCUGAACGCAUCGUUGAAAUCGAACUAUCUUUGGCACAUAUAUUCUUCGUAGUAGUAAUGAAUGCUUUCUGUCAUUUAGACACGAAGAACAUCACUUUUGAGUUAGUAUCUACACUUAUGGAAGUAACGGCAAUGUACACGUAUGGUGUUUGUCAAAAUGUCGUGGUUGCUGAAGUUACCAAGUCUUGUAAACAAAUGUAUAGACAUUUUGAGAAAUUUAGGGGCUGUGUAUCAUACUUUUUAGAGAAUAAAAUUCUUAAAAGUUUUAGCUUACUACUUCCAUUUGUCUACAAGAUCUGCUUUUGGGUUGACGAAGAGAAUUUUGCCAAUGCUUCCAGCUGUUUCAGUAUUUUCAGUCACAAAAUUACAUACACUACGAAAGAAGCUUUAUUAACUAUGGUGACAAUAAACUCCAGUACAUUCAGCAAUCUCGGAUUGAUUUCAGAAACGACUAAAAGUUUAGCAAGUUUUCUGAAAGACGAUGACUUGAUUACGUGGGCAAGUCUUUUACUUCACGGGUUUAGGUAUCUUUCGGGAGCAGAUUACGAGUAUCUUGGGAAAUAUUUUGGACUGGAUUUGCAUGAAGAAGAGUACGUAGAUAUUUGCGCUUCAGCCAUUUCAGUCAUUUGUACUCUUCUCAAUCGUGAUAUUGACUAUAUCGACAGCUCAAAUACAGUUAGCUCAAAUGCUAGUGAAUAUUAUAAUUUGAGGUUUUUCAAGCAUCGUGUUACCCUACCGUGCGAAACAUUCAAACUGAUUAUACAAUUCCCCAGCAAAGCAGGUGUCAACUUCUUUCAACGUAUCCCAGUUCUAGUCACUGUGGAAUUUCUCAUCACAUAUACGUGUUUGCCAGGAAUAGAUAGUUCUUUGGAUCAUUCUUCCAUCAAUGAUGAGUAUGAAAAAGGUUCGAAUAUUUUAUCUUCGGCACUGUUCGAUCGCCUUCAACCUGUACACACAUUGGCUUUGUUACGCACUCCAAAUUUUGCUAAUUAUUUAGAAAAUUCAAGUCCAUGUUGGAUCGAAAUGGCUCAAAAGAUUAUACUACAGUGUCAUUCUGAUGAAUUAUUAAUCGAUGAAAAGGCAUUCUUACUAAUUCCAACAACAUACACUUUAUUAUCUAACACUUGGACAGUGUUGUACAACUGUUUGUUGCAAGUCGACAAUUUUGAUGUACUUCGACGUUUGGUCAUUACUUUCAAAAGACGAUUGAUCAUGUUGCAGGAACAAGGGAAGCCAGUAGAGGGUUUGGAGACUUUUGAAGUAGAGAAAAACCGGUUCGCGCUUCGUGUUUGUGAUUGUCUUUCAAUGUUGCCGAAUAACCUUCCAGGCUCUUUCCUUGGAGUCUUCUCUAAUGUUGAUCUAAAAUGUUUGUACGUGAAGAUAUUGAAGGUUGUCUGCACACAGUUGUGCGAACUUUUCCUUAAUACGGAAUUCAUUAUGAUGGUGGCACAACAAGUGAUUGAAUUUUUAGUAGAUGAUCAGUGUAUCGUGACAUCUGAACUGAGAACUGAUCUACUCAAAAUACUUUUACACCUGUUGAUGAAUAAUGAAAAUGAUGAGCGAUUACGGAUUGUGAAAUUAUUAUGUUCGGAAAUUAAAUACAAAGAUAAAAGCAUAUUUUAUUUUACGCAAAACACAAUUAAAAUGUCUCCUGCUGAUCGCUUGAAAGCACAUUGUACAGAGUUUCGGAUCACAGACGUAGAAAUGGAUGCUAUUUUAGGAAUAGGAGCUUUGGUGAAUAUGUGCACAAAAGAUAUAUCAGUAAAGUGUGAAUUAGCUGAUUGCCUUAAACCCUUGAUAUUUAUGAAGCCUGAAACGAUAUUAGCAGUUUUGAACCAUGAUUCAAUUGCAAGUGGGUCUCAUUUUACUAAAGCCAGUGCGCUUAUUUGUCUGUCGGAGUCAUUAUAUGGUGAAUUAGCUGAAUUUCUGUGGCCAGACUUACAUUCAGAUGAGGACUAUUACUGUGAGCUGUUAUCUACGAAAGGUCCCGCAGUUUAUACAAUUACCAAUAAACGUCAGCUCAGGAAAUUAUUAAUGGCAUAUAUUCAUGACGAGGAUUCGCAAUGUUCAGAUUUUAAGAGCCUUCUAAGCAGCAUAUCUGAAAAGAUUGCCUAUCGUGAAUUUGAAGUUUUAGAUGACGCGGAUCAGUUUUGUCUAGAAGUUAUGCUCGAUUCAGAUGAUAAACUGCCUGCCGCUAGCAUUUCUGAUCGUUUCAUUUCGUUUUACCGAAAGGUGUUUCUACCAUGA